UAUGAAAAUUCAUGAGCGGAUGCAUACAGGCGAAAAACCUUACAAAUGCCCGCAUAAAGGCUGCACGAAAAGCUACUCGAAUUCGUCCGACCGUUACAAACACGUGAAAACUCAUCAGCAGCAACGACCCUACUCCUGCAAACAGUGUACGAAAAGUUAUACGGAUCCAUCGAGUUUGCGUAAACACUUAAAGAGUCAUGCGAAAGAUGAACCGGCUUUAGAAGUUGAGAGAAAGCCAGAUUUUCCCGGUCUACCUACUCCAGAUUUACCAUUAUUUACGAGUGGUGGGAAUUCUACAGCUCCCGUACCAGACUUUAAAAAUAUUGAGGACCGCAAAAUUAUCACACUACCACAUUUGACUUCAAAGAAUGUUUGCACGUCUUAA